AUGAUGAAUCAAGUUGCAUUUAUAUUGUGUUUAACUACACUUAUUAUUUGUUCGGUAUCAUGUUUAUUUUCAUGUGCUAUAUUAAUUUGUGUUAUUCAUCAUCUUUGUCAUAAUCGUUUACAACAAGAAGAUCGAAUAAUAUUUAUUCAUUGCAUUAAUAUUUAUUCAUUAGUUUUGGCGUAUAUUGGAAUAAUAGCAUCAUUUAAUAUUCAAACAGUUCUAGGAAACUUAUAUGAAUAUGAUUUAAAUUCAUCAUGGCCAUGGUGUAUAUUUGCAGGAUAUAUAACUCCUAUUUUAAUCGGGUGUAUAUAUUGGGCUUUUGUAAAUCAGGCAUUCUUUCGUCUUUGUCGAGUUGUAUAUCCAUCUAUACGAUGGCUUCAAUCAUACCAGUUAUAUAUUAUUUUACCAUUCAUAGAAUUAGUUUUCAGUUGUAUUUUAAUGAGUUUGAUUCUAUUUUUACAUUCUGUUGUUUAUCUUCCAACAGAUUAUUAUUGUUUUGUACCAUUUACAAAUGUAUAUAGUAUGCUUUGGCUUGCAUUUAAUGGUUACGGGAAUCAGAUUGGUGUAUUAUCAUUUAUUUAUAUCCGCAUUACAAUUUUUCUUCGGCGUCAAACAAAUACUCAAACACUUAUAGUUAGACAACGACAAGAACGUGAUUUUCUUAUCAUUCGACGUAUUCUCAUAAUUGCUGGUGUCUUAAUAAGUCUUGGAAUACCUGCUAUAGUUUUUCUAGUGACGGCAUUUAUUACACAUGAAGAACAUCCUCUCACGUUUCCUUUUUUUUGGUUUUUUAUUAGUAUAUCAAUGAUAUGUAUAUGCUUAUCAACAAUUAUUUUUACACCACAACUGAAAAAGAUUGUCGUUAAAAUAAUUCAACAUAAUCGUGUUAUACCUUUGAAUAGCAGUUUGAUAGGUUCGAUUCCAACGAGACAAUGA